AGCAAAAGGCAACGCAUAAGGCAGAGUAAACGGUUAGGUUUGUGAUACCUUGCAUACGGUUUAUUAAAACGAAACAAAUAAAUAACAAUACAAAACACGUUAAUCAUUAUAAUUGUCGAAAAGCCGUGACCUUUCGAAGUCAAUUGUGGAUAUUUGAAGAUAACAAAUAGAAUUUGUGCAGAGCAUACGAAUCAAAAUGCCAUAAAAUCAGUUCUUGGAAUUUGGUAACAUAUAUAAACGGUUUCCGAGAAUUACCAAUACAGUGCCAACAAGUGCCUCUUACCCGUGUGGCCAGGUAUUUUCAUUCGUAUAGCAAGGUGUGUACUUACUCGAGAACACAAAUGUCCGAGUCUGGCCCUAGCAAAAUAAUAACAUUUCUAUAUAAAGUCAAUGUUAUUCACAAUGUACAAAUACUGAAAGCGAAGAUGCAACUAAAUGAAAGCAAUCCAAAAGUGCGUUGCAACGAGCUAUCUUUCGGUGCUGUUGCGCUUCUGGGCCUUUUUCUUUGCUCAUCGAUUGUGAGUAUAAAUGCGGACAAGCAAUUACCUGGCUGGCUCACACCGGAAAUCGCCCAACUGGCCAUUGGCAGCGAUCUGAACUUGACCUGCACUAUCAACCAGGCGUACUUUGAGGCUGGCCAUAGCAGUAACAAGGCCUGCAAUGUGUCUGAUUUGUACUUUACUGUGAAUAACAAAACAAUUGCCAUAAAAGGAUCUCAGUUGCAGUAUAUUAAUGCAACUACAAUACAGACGACCCUAAGAAACGUGUCCGACCAGGAUAACAAAUAUGUUUGCAUGUGCAAGGAGCAUGCCAUGAGUGAGUCCCGUUUGCAGGUGGGCACUAAGCCGCUGCCAGUGGAGGAUUUCAAUUGCACCAGCUACGAUUGGGACUACAUGUUUUGUAAUUUUACGGCGCCCAGAAAUAGCAUCAAUACCAAAUACAACGUUAGCUUUGCCACACAAAAGGAUGCAUUUUAUGGCUACACCAUCGAUUGCCAGUAUGAGGCAUCUCCAAUUGUCAACUGCAACAUCACCAGCGAGACGUAUAAAAAGUUCUCCGAGUUAUAUUAUUUUGAACUGGGACGUGGCAACAUAUUGGGCGAUGGUAAACAGAAAAUCGAGAUAAAUAAUGUGGAGCGCAUGAUUCUGGCGCGUCCUGGACUGAAUCUGAGAGUGCUCAACAAGACGAAGGACUCGAUAUGCCUAAUGUGGGAUAUGCCGCGACGCAGUAAUUUCAUUGGUGGCGUCCUCUGGCAGGUGCACGUGACGCCCCAACAUUUUCCAACGUUGGUGCGAUCGACGUGGCGCAACAGUUCCUCCGCCGCCAAGGAUACGCUCUGCUUGACCGAGCUACCCUAUCCCGGUUACUAUUAUCUACUGGAACUGCGUGUGCGCAACAACAAGACCAAAUCACGUUGGAGCGAACCACUCGAAUUCAAUUUUCGCACCGUUUCCGAACGGCCAGCACGUCCGCCUCGCCUAACCAACGGCAGCUUCUACGUAUACUCGUCGGGUGCAUCUCUCACCAUCUACUGGGAGCAGCUGGAGCAGCACGAGUUCAAUGGCGAUAACUUCACCUAUGUCAUCAGCGAAUAUCGACACAACAACACUCGACCAGAUGGCUCAAAGAUCAAGUUGGACGCGAAUUCGGCAACAAUUCAGAACUGGAGUCAAAAUGCCUACCAUGAGAUCUAUUUACGCAGCAGGAACAGUGUGAGCAGCUCCUUGGAGGCGAGUCGUAUCUACAUACCGCCGAUCAGUGAUGAGGAUACGCAUCAGCGAGUACCCAAGAAAAUACGCAGCAUCUAUAUAUCGAGCAAUUCGAGCUAUAAGCUCAGUUGGACAGCGCCGGAAAACAUCACCAAUCUGGUAGACUACACGGUAUAUUGGUGCAAUGCGAAGCCAGCACUGCUCUCCAAAUGCAAUGGUUCGCUUCACUUCGAGCACGUUCCAAAGGAUCGGCUACAGUAUAGCACGCAGAGCGGUCAACCUGCCUCAUUGAAUAUGGCCGUCUCGGCGAACUUUGGCGAUCGAAAUACGGGAAUGCACUGGAUGAUGUGCACGAGCGAUGGCAACGAUGAUCUGGCCAAAAUGGACCCAGUCAUCGAUGAGUUGACAAACACAUCCUUCACUGUCAAAUGGAGCACGGAGCGCGUCUGUCCCGUCAUACUGACCGGCUACAAUUUGACCUAUUGCCAGCGUUACUCUAUUAAAGCGGACAACUGCACCACCAUCGUUCUCAAUAAGGAUAUAAUCGCUUAUACCAUUAACGACCUGGAGCCGUACACCUACUACAGCGUCAAGAUGUUCAUGUACUCCGAGCAUCGCGCUAGCAAAUACAGCGAUCAGCAGAUCAAGCGCACCGAAGAGGGAGCUCCUACCCCGCCCCGCCAACUGGAGUACCUGAAUGUGACCAGCUCGAGUGUCUGGCUCGCCUGGAAGCCACCCGUCAAGCCGAAUGGUGUGGUCCGAGAGUAUCAAGGCACCAUUUGGCAUGAUAAUAAAACCGAGUAUUUUGACUUGCCUGCCUCGACCGUUGAGCUGGUCGACAACGAGAAGCCCAUCUACUACGAGCUGUCUAAUCUCACCGCCUACACAAACUACACCAUCAGCAUACGCUCGCACACCGUUCUCUAUUCCGAUCCCAGCAAUUUUAUACACUUUCGAACCGCCGUCGGAGUGCCAUCGGAGCCAAUGCGAAUAUACCUGGACAGCAAUCCGUUGACAACUACUUUGGAGUGGGAUGCACCAUCACGACCGGCUGGCCGCCUUGAAUACUAUGAGGUGGUCAUCGUUGAGCGUAACUCGAACAACUCGGUGAUCGGUUAUCCGCUGAGCUAUGUGAGUGCCCGACCAAAUCUUACCUGUGUGAUGACAACGCCCGUCUGCACGUCACAGCAUCGCUUUAACUAUCAGGUGCGAGCGGUAAAUGUCGAAGCACUGCAUCCGCAGUCUCCGCCACAGCCAUAUGUUGCACCUAAUUAUGAGCGUACGCAGAAUUGUGUGGCACAGCCGCAGCUGACUUAUGACGAGUGGAGCGCCAUCAGUAGCUAUAACGAUUCGAGUCUCUAUCGACUAUACAAGUCCGCAUGGGCGACGUACGAAGUGAGCUGCUCGCCGGAUAGUGGCAGCACCAAGAUGUUGCUCAGCAGCAUUGAAGUGUUUCUGGCGUUUAUUGUGCUGCUCGUGGCAAGCCACACCGGCUACCGCAAGUAUCUGAAGAUGUCCGAUAUUGGCGUUAUGCUGCCAACGGGCGUCAUCGAGGACCUCAAGAAACCCAAGGACAUUGGCUCACGUACGGAUGGCAGCGGACACGGUGGCGGCGGCGGCGGUGGUAGCAUGAUUUGCACUCGGGUUGACCAAACUCCGGAUUAUAUGCCGCAGUAUUCGUUGCACGAUCCGCCGCAUGAUUUUAGCAGCGGCAAUGAGAGCUCCAAGCUGCUACUAGCCAACAACUCCAGCAACGGCGGCGGUGGCCGUAGCUCGCCAGCUAGCUAUAUGUCCAUGGACCAAGGGUUGCUGCUCGACGACGAGGGGCAACCGGGCCAAGGCACUGAGCUCCAGCCGAGCGGUGGAAAUAAUGCAACGUCAGCCGCUGCUUCCGCUGGUUACAUAAAGCCAACAGAUAUGAAAUUCUUGUCGACGCCAAUGGCCAACACCUUGCCCAGCUCGCAUCCUACGCUGCCGAUGCAGGUUACGAUGCCAUUCAGUGGCUAUGUGCCCGUUCAGAUGAUACAGGCGCGACCCAUGCCCCCGGUGCCCACUGCAAUCGUUUCGCCCUUACAUCCGCUUAACACCAGCAACUAUGUUCAUGCAGCAGAUCUGCAUAAGCUCAAGUCACUGGCGCCAAUAACAACAACACCAGCAACAGUCACCACAGCAGCACCAGUACAGACGGCGAUCGCUGCAACAUCGCCGCCUGCAUCAGCGACGCCUAUGCCCAAUGACUUUGGCUACACGUCCAUGGAGCAGCUGCAGCGGGACGGCCUCAUGAAGCCCAUCUCGGUGUUAGCGGCUCAUCCACAGGAAUCGGCAGCCGCAGCAGCUGCGGCAGCGGCCGAAGCUGUGCAACAGACGCACCACCGACUGCAGCCGAAUAUAGGAGGCUAUGUGACGCCGCAGGAUCUGAAUGCGCUGGCACACAAUCAUAGUCAUAUGCUGUAAGCUGGCGAGGAUCAAGAGGAUUGCUUUAUUCGUUUAUUGUUGUUGCCAGUGCAGUCAGCUAGCAGCUAAUUUUUUGCCUUCCACUCAGAGAGACCAGAGACACAUGAAAUUCAGAUUUAACAACUCAGCUCAUAGUACACGGACACACACACACAAACACACACACGCACACACACAAACACACACACGC